GUCAGUUGUGACGGGUUUGACGUUUGCUACAAUAAUUUAAUUGGUUUUUUGAUGGUUCCAAUCGCGAAGUGUCAGUAGAAGUAGUGAUUCAUUUUUAUUAAAAUUGUAAAAUUGUUUUAAAACAAUAUGUCGAACGAGAUUGAAGAAACCAUGAAACGCAUUCAGUCCCAUAAGGGUGUUGUUGGGACAAUUGUAGUGAAUUCUGAAGGCAUUCCAAUUAAGAGCACACUAGACAAUACCACAACAGUACAAUAUUCUGGUCUAAUCAGCUCUUUGGCUGACAAAGCAAGGAGUGUAGUUAGGGAUUUGGACCCAAGCAAUGACCUGACUUUCCUUCGUAUUCGUUCCAAGAAGCAUGAGAUCAUGGUUGCUCCAGAUAAGGAGUUUAUCCUAAUUGUGAUCCAAAAUCCCACUGAGUAAUUUUAGCUCUUAAAGAGAUGCCUUGCACUAAUUUAUUUUAUAAUUUCGCUACUGUUUUAAAUUUAUAUAUCUUUUUUUAUUUGUUAAAAUAAAACAUACUAAUAUUUGUAGAAAGUU